CUUGCCUUGGGGCCAGCAGGCGUUGGCAAAAGUACGUUUUGCAACUCUUUGGUUGCCCAUAUGCAGACUGUUGGGCGGACAGCCCAUAUUGUGAAUCUAGAUCCCGCGGCUGACCCCACAGAAUAUGAGUUCAGCAUAGAUAUUAGAGACCUGAUUUCCCUCCAGGAUGUCCAGGAAGAACUCCAUUUGGGACCAAAUGGAUCGCUGUUGUACUGUUUUGAGUUUCUGCUGGAUAAUCUCGACUGGCUGGACGAGCAGAUUGGAGAUUACAACGACGACUACCUUAUUUUCGACUGUCCCGGCCAGAUCGAACUCUACAGCCAUGUUCCUGUUCUACCGGUGAUAGUUAAGCAUUUGCAGCAACAACUGGGGUUCAGCCUUUGUUGUACAUAUCUAUUAGAGGCGCCAUUUGUGAUAGACAAUUCGAAGUUCUUUUCGGGAGCACUAACGGCAAUGGCUGCUAUGAUAUUCCUGGAAUUGCCGCACAUAAAUAUUCUUUCUAAGACCGAUUUGAUCAGAGAUACUGUCUCGAAAGCGCAACUCAAAAAGUUCCUGAAUCCAGACCCACUGCUUUUGGAACAAGCAAACGAGCAGGAGGAUGGUUACAUCGCAACAAACCCCAAAUAUGCUCGGUUGAACAAAGCUAUUGCUCAACUCGUCGACGAUUUUGGAAUGGUGCAAUUCUUACCCCUCGAUUGCUCAGACAAGGAUAAGAACGAGACUGUCAAAUCGAUUCUGAGUUACAUUGAUGACGUGACACAAUGGAGCGAGGCCCAGGAACCAAAAGAGCCCAACGACGAAAUCGAGGUGCCGGAGGAAGAUGCUGAGUGGGAAUAACCUAAAUUUUCUUACUUUGCUUCUUUUUGGAUUUCAAAUCGUGGAAGGCAUCCAAAAGAACUGGGAUCUCUUGACAGCUGCCAGUCACUAUAAGGUCGAAAUGCUCAACAUAGUCCACAAUGGAUUGUGUGGGCUCCUCAAUAUUUAUCCAUAUAACGCUUCCGUUUUUCGAAUGCACCACUUUGGCCAUUUCCUUCACCAGUCUUCGCACCCCUGGAAUCUUUAGCGUUGUCCCCACAACGAGAAGACAGUCGGGGCGGGUUUUUAAGUCUGACUCGGUGAUGUUGCCUAUUAUCUCUCCGUCAGGAUGAAACUCAUUAUACAACACGAUUCGGGGUCUUAGAACCCCUCCUGACUGAACCCUGCGUCCAGCAACCGCGCGCACGGCGUUUAGCUCCUCGCACUCUGGACAAUCACGGAUCAGCAUGCUGUUUUCGUUAAAAUAGGAUUCAUCUAAUUCUUUCACAUGAUGACAUUUGGAGCAAUUUAAAAGCUUGAUAUUUCCGUGUAGUUGUAUUGUCCUUGGAUAUGGUUUCUGAAAAGUCAACGGAACCCUCGUCUCGAGAUGGGGGAGCUGUGUGUCUAGGCAAUCUAUGUUUUGUGUGUAAAGUCUGAGAAGACGACCAUCUUGCGAAAUUCUGUCAAGCAACCGAUGGAAAGGCGAAGGUUCACAUUCAACAGACAGUGUGUAUAAUUUACGAAUCAUCUUUUCGAAUUCUUUGAGCGAUUCUGGCGAGCGGAAGACAUUGUAGUCAAAAAGGUUUUUCCCCGAACCAUUAGUCUUGGAGGCAAAUCCUUGGAACAGGCCAUUGGCGGAUCGAAAGUCAGGAAUACCAGAGGCGACCGAGAUGCCCGCGCCGGUAAUAGCAACUAUUUUCUUCGAUGUUUCGAGGCUCUGACACAAAAACCCAACAUCCUCAAGCUGGAGACAAUCACUCAGGGUUUUCGGGUGUAGGGGAAUAUUAGAAAUGUCGAGAACUG